UCUUUGGCUUACUCUUCAGAGAGAGUCCUUUCUAAUUUCUAUUCUCCUUCUUCUCUUCUGUUUUUUUCUCCGGUCUACUCUCUUCUGUUAUCUCUCUGAUGCUCGUAAGUGAAAAUGAAUCUCUCACAAAGAAAAAUGCUAGGAUUGUUCAUCUUAAUCUGUUCAAUACCGUCAAUUUGUAUAUCAUUAGUGAGCAGUGAGAGGUCUGAUUCGAGGUUGCUUUUGACAUCCAAUGAUACAUCAAAGGAAAUACAUAAAGAAGAAUAUUGUGCAAUGUAUGAUAUCUGUGGAGAGCGUAAUGGAAAAGUUUUGAACUGUCCUACUAGGAGACCAGCUGUGAAGCCUGAUGAGCUGCUCUCUAGCAAGAUUCAAAGCUUGUGUCCGACACUGAGUGGCAAUGUGUGUUGCACUGAGCGUCAGUUCGAUACUCUACGAUCACAAGUUCAGCAAGCAAUUCCUUUUGUUGUAAGCUGCCCAGCAUGCCUAAGGAACUUCUUAAAUAUAUUUUGUGAGCUUUCAUGUUCCCCGAAUCAGAGCCAAUUCAUCAAUGUGACAUCUACUGCAAUGGUUAGUGGCAAUUUGACUGUAGAUGGAAUUGAUUAUUAUGUAACUGAUGCUUUUGGGGAAGAGCUAUUUAACUCCUGCAAGGAAGUGAAGUUUGGGUCGAUGAAUACUCGAGCAAUAUCAUUUAUUGGUGGGAAUGCUCAAAAUUUUAAGGACUGGUUUAGAUUUAUUGGAAGGAAAGCAGAAGGUACAGAGCCUGGUUCACCUUAUGCCAUAAAUUAUCGAUCAACUGCUCCCGAGGCUUCAGGAAUGAAGCCCAUGAAUGUAACUACUUAUUCAUGUGGUGACACUUCGCUUGGAUGUUCUUGUGGUGAUUGCCCUGCUUCUCCCUCAUGCUCUAGCUCAGCACCCCCUACUCCACACAAGAAGCGUUCUUGCUCAAUAAGAGUUGGAUCCCUAAAGGUUCAGUGCCUUGAUUUUUCCUUGGCGAUUCUAUAUAUUGUUUUAGUUUCAACAUUUUUCGGAUGGGGAUUGUUUCAUAAGAAGGAAACAAAGAGUGCUGCAUCUAGAUUGAAGCCAUUGUUGAAUGUUAUGGACGAAGGAGUAAAUAAUUCUAUUAACAAGCAGAAAAAUGAUGUUCAUCCUGUGCAGAUGCCUGAAGAACAUCCUCCGGUGAACAAGGCGGUCCAGCUUUCUGUUAUCCAAGGUUACAUGUGCACUUUUUACAGGAGAUAUGGAAGAUGGGUUGCUACAAACCCAACUCUAGUGCUGUGCUCUUCUUUGGGUGUUGUUCUUCUUCUUUGCUUAGGUCUUCUCCGUUUUAAGGUGGAGACACGCCCUGAAAAGCUAUGGGUCGGGCCUGGAAGUAGGGCUGCAGAGGAGAAACAAUUUUUUGACACCCACUUGGCCCCCUUCUACAGAAUUGAACAGCUUAUAUUAGCAACAGUUCCAGUUUCUAAGAACGGGAAGGCACCUAGUAUUGUGACAGAAGAAAAUUUUCAAUUACUGUUUGAAGUACAGAAGAAGGUUGAUGACAUCCGUGCAAAUUAUUCUGGAUCCAUGGUAUCUUUAACUGACAUUUGCAUGAAGCCGAUUGGUGCAGAUUGUGCAACCCAAAGUGUCCUGCAGUAUUAUCAGAUGGACAGUGACAAAUUUGAUGACUAUGGAGGGCUUGAGCAUGCUAAGUAUUGCUUUCAGCAAUUUAGCUCUGUGCAGAAUUGCCUGAGUGCAUUUCAGGGGCCCCUUGAUCCUAGCACAGCGUUAGGAGGGUUUUCGGGGAAAAAAUAUACAGAGGCUUCAGCAUUUGUGACAACAUAUCCGGUGGUAAACAAGGUUGAUCAAGCAGGUGGUGGUAAUGGGAAAGCAGUGGCUUGGGAAAAGGCUUUUAUUCGCUUAGUGAAGGAAGAGUUACAACCAAUGGUCCAGGCUAAAAAUCUUACACUUUCCUUUUCAUCAGAAAGUUCUAUUGAAGAAGAGCUGAAAAGAGAAAGUACUGCGGAUGUUAUAACCAUUUUGAUUAGCUAUAUUGUGAUGUUCGCUUACAUAUCAAUGACUUUGGGAGAUACACCUCGUCUAUCUUCUUUUUUCAUUGCUUCAAAGGUAUUGCUUGGUCUAUCAGGAGUGGUAGUGGUCAUGCUUUCGGUUCUUGGAUCUAUUGGAUUUUUCAGUGCCAUUGGAGUAAAAUCUACGCUAAUCAUAAUGGAAGUUAUCCCUUUCCUCGUUUUAGCAGUAGGAGUGGAUAAUAUGUGUAUUCUGGUACAUGCUGUGAAACGGCAGCCACUAGAUAUGCCUUUAGAAGAACGAAUAAGUAAUUCACUUGUUGAAGUUGGACCAUCUAUAACACUAGCUAGUAUCUCUGAAGUUCUGGCAUUUGCAGUCGGAAGUUUCAUAUCUAUGCCGGCGUGUCGUGUUUUCUCCAUGUUUGCAGCAUUGGCCGUUCUGUUGGAUUUCCUUCUGCAAGUUACUGCAUUUGUUGCCUUGAUAGUUUUUGACUUUCGGCGCGCUGAAGGUAAAAGGGUUGACUGUUUCCCUUGCAUCAAAGUUUAUUCUUCGGAUGAUGACUCUAAUCAAGGCACUGGUCCAAGACAACCUGGAUUGCUGACUCGCUACAUGAAGGAAAUUCAUGCACCGAUUCUUAGCCUUUGGGGAGUUAAAAUUGCUGUAGUUGCUGUCUUCGUUGGAUUUGCUCUUGCAAGCAUAGCACUAUGCACAAGAAUUGAACGUGGUUUGGACCAAAAGGUUGUUCUUCCUAGGGACUCAUAUCUUCAGGGAUAUUUCGAUAAUGUUACUGAGUAUCUUAGAGUAGGCCCUCCAUUAUAUUUUGUCGUGAAGAACUACAACUAUAGCUCAAAAUCUGACCAGACAAACCAGCUAUGCUCAAUCAGUCAAUGUAAUUCCAACUCUCUGCUUAAUGAGAUAUCAAGAGCAUCAAUAGUACCAGAAUCAAGCUUCAUAGCUAAGCCAGCAGCUUCAUGGCUUGAUGAUUUUUUAAUAUGGAUGUCUCCAGAAGCUUUUGGUUGCUGUCGUAAGUUCACAAAUGGGACUUACUGUCCCCCGGAUGAUCAGCCACCCUGCUGUGAUGACCCUGAUGGUAUUUGUGGGCUGAGUGCCGUAUGCAAAGAUUGUACCACGUGCUUCCGUCACUUAGAUUUGCAUAAUGAUCGCCCAACGACAGCACAGUUUAAGGAGAAACUCCCAUGGUUCCUCAGCUCACUACCCUCUGCUGAUUGUUCUAAGGGGGGCCAUGGGGCUUACACUAACAGUGUUUAUCUUAAUGGUUAUGAAAGUGGUGUUAUUCAAGCGUCAGAGUUCCGCACAUAUCACACACCACUUAAUAAACAAAGUGACUUUGUAAAUUCACUGCAAGCUGCACGAGAGUUCAGUUCAAGAGUUUCUAAAUCACUGAAUAUCGAAAUGUUUCCAUAUGCUAUGUUUUAUAUUUUCUUUGAACAAUACCUUGACAUCUGGAGAACAGCUUUGAUCAACAUUGCUAUUGCUCUAGCUGCUGUGUUCGUUGUGUGCCUGAUUAUCACUGGAAGUGUAUGGGGUUCAGCCAUCAUUUUACUUGUCUUGGCAAUGAUUGUCGUCGAUCUCAUGGGUGUUAUGGCGAUUCUGAACAUCCAACUCAAUGCAAUCUCGGUUGUAAACCUUGUAAUGGCAAUAGGGAUUGCUGUUGAGUUCUGUGUGCACAUAACACAUGCUUUCUCGGUAAGCAAUGGGGAUAGAGCGCAACGAGCCAAGGAGGCUCUUGGUACUAUGGGAGCUUCUGUCUUCAGUGGAAUCACACUUACGAAGCUUGUUGGAGUGAUAGUCCUGUACUUUUCAAAAUCAGAAGUUUUUGUUGUUUAUUACUUCCAAAUGUACUUAGCAUUGGUUCUUAUUGGGUUUUUGCACGGCCUCGUCUUUCUACCAGUGCUACUCAGCAUAUGUGGUCCACCAUCAAAAUACAAGAUCGAGAAGACUCGAGCAGAAGAGACAUCAACAUCAGCGUAGUAGAUCAGCUGAUGAAACAUACCAUCUGUGGAAAUGUGUAAUUUAUUAUCUCACGCACCCAUGUAUAAUUUUAGAUUGCUAGUACGCUUUAGAUGUUUAUCCUCUUUAUGUAAUCGCAGUGCAUAUUUUAAUCAAAUGUAUUUAGUUUGCAUCCGGUGAAAGUUUCCUAAUUAGCUCCCUUUUCCUCACUGUUUUGACAUGCUUCAAGUUGUAAAGAAUAGUUGUAAAUUUCAAGGGGUCAGAAACUCCCAAUUAUUGAAUAUUUAUGUGCAGCCUUCAUUAUC